AUGGCCUUGCGGCUUCGCAGUAGCAAAGAUGUCAAGAAAAGCUCAUACUACGUAUGGUAUUUGGGAGCGAGGGAGGCCAAAGGCGUGGAUGCUAUGCCAGGUGCCAUAGCAUAUCUUCUCGAGCGUGAAAGACUCCAAGAACCUUUCAAGGUCACACUGCAGGUCAGCAGCAAAGGCCUCAAAAUCAUUCAGACAGUACAUCCAGGUAUGUCGUCGAGGUCUGCUGUGAAACAUCUUGUGCCAGGUCACGCUGUUCUUGCAGCUGUACAACGGGAGGACGUUGUUGCUGCUACUCUUCUUCUUCCCAAUCCAGCUACUAACAAUCCUGUUCACGUUCACGCCUAUAGAUGUGAUUCUGUCGAAACAGCAGAACUUCUAGGCGGACAAUUAAAAGCCCUUGCUUCAAAUUCCGACAAUUCUACAAAACUAAAUGGAUCUGACAAUAGAAUGCGAAGUAACAUAGGAAGUGAUGGUCGUAGUACAAGAGAAUCUGAGUCAUCUGAAGGCAGCGGAGAACACCGGCAUAUUCCUGUUCAGACGGCAACUAUUUAUGAGUCACUGGCCGCUGAAUUAAGAGCUAAAUUAGGUAGAGGUAAUUCAGGUGACAAUGACGUAGGACCAAUAUUAUUACCACCCCGGGACUACGACACAGUACACAGACACCGUGGAAAUCUCGCAGGUAUCGAAUUCCGACGUUGUCUCAAUCAAACGAUCGUGGGUGGCAACACGGCGAUCGAGAGAGGCGGAACACGGAGCGCUGCCAGCAGUGGUAUCGGCUCGGACAGUGCAGCUACUCCGCCUCCAUAUCAACCACAUCAUCCUCUGGGUCCACGACCUUCCAGGCCCUCCCGAGAUACUUCUUCUGAUGAAGACUGGGGUGGAGCUAAUGAGGACACCGAGUAUCUAGCAGAUCAAAACUCAAACGUAGCUCUACCGCGAGUAAACCGGAGUCCGGAGAGAUCAAUCGGACUUACCCGCGCGUUAUCGCCAAACAGCUCAAAUAGAAUCCGACGAGCGCCUGAAUUGAGACAACGAUCUCCGAGCCCUCAGUAUCAGCCCAAAGUAGAUCCCAUCGAGGUUACCAGCCCUCGGGAAAGAUUUCAGGACGCCAAGGAGAUGUUCAAGGCCAUGGAACGAGAGAAUAACGCAAGGCCAGCGGUCGCCAGGCCCAGAGAAUCCAGCGAGAAUCGCGGAAAGCACAAAUUGGAGCAAUCGCGUCAACUCCACGAAGAGCGAACCCGACAUGUAAUGUCAAGUCCAUCUCAAUCAGCUCCUGUUCACCAUGACCAUUUAGUAAGGCGUAGUCAUCCGAACUUGGACCGCGAAAAAGACCGCGACCGCAACGACUACAGGAACAAGCCACGAACAAGAGUACAAAACUAUUCAUCUGUCGACCAUCUAGCGGAAAUAGAACUGUCUUCGUCUCGACCAAGACCCAGGAGUUUUUACGACAACUCCUCCAGCGGUAGAGUCGACCAGAAAGACAUUCGACAUGUAAUUGAUCGAGAGAGAGAAUCUCGAGAGCGACACUCACGUGAUCUGAUGCGUGAAAAGGCAAGAAUAAGACCGAUGGCUUAUCAGGACAUUCCAAAACAUGACAGAUAUCUAGAUAGAGAAAACUCGAGACAGAGUUUUGAAAUUUUACCGACGCCUGGCAGAUACCGUCACAGUUACGCCGAGCCACCUAGACUUGGCCUUGCAGCACUUGAUCCUUAUUAA